UUAUCUGUGUUUCAUCUUUGUUACGUCCAACAGCUGGGUGGAACUCGGACAAAAACUUGCUUCUGUGACGUUUUCAAAAGAGAUGGAAGUUGGACUGUGAAAUAAUCCCUUCGUUUUAUUAAGAGUUUAUUACCCGCAGUGUGUCAUGGAUUUUAAUGUCAAGCGGUUGGCUGCGGACGCUGGUACCUUCCUGAGUCGUGCGGUGCAAUUCACAGAGGAGAAGUUCGGCCAGGCUGAGAAGACGGAGCUGGAUGCCCAUUUAGAGAAUCUGUUGGUCAGAGCUGAGAACACCAAGCAAUGGACAGAGAAGAUUAUGAAACAGACCGAGGUCUUAUUGCAGCCCAACCCAAAUGUCCGACUGGAGGAGUUUGUGUAUGAGAAACUGGAAAAAAAGGCCCCGACACGAAUGAACAACCAUGAACUGUUAGGCCAGUCCAUGAUUGAGUCAGGAAAUGAAUUUGGGCCCGGGACUGCUUAUGGAAAUGCUUUGAUCAAAUGCGGCGAGACCCAGAAGCAGAUUGGCGGGGCAGAGCGGGAGUUAAUUCAAAGUUCUGCCAUCAACUUCCUGACACCUUUCAGGAACUUUUUGGAGGGUGACUUCAAAACCAUCCUGAAAGAACGGAAGCUGCUGCAGGUCAAGCGCUUGGACCUGGACGCAGCCAAAACCAGACUGAAGAAGGCCCGCAUGGCUGAUGCUCGAGCUGCGGCAGAACAGGAGUUGAGGAUGACUCAGAGUGAGUUUGACCGGCAGGCUGAGAUCACCCGACUGCUGCUGGAAGGCGUCAGCAGCACGCAUGCACACCACCUCCGCUGCUUGAAUGACUUUGUGGAGGCUCAGACGACGUACUACGCACAAUGCUACCAGUACAUGGUGGAUCUGCAAAAGCAGCUGGGCAGUUUUCCUUCGUCAUUCUCCAACAACAACCAGUUGGCCGUGUCGGAGGGGGCCAGCAUCUCGGUGCCCACCAUACCGGUGUCGGCAUCCCUGCCCAGCCCGUCCAGCGUCCGCGGGGGCUCGGCCACGUCGGGCGGCUUCAGCGAAUUGCGCACCUCUAGCGGCAGCCGCAAAGCGAGGGUGCUUUACGACUACGACGCUGCAAGCAGCAGCGAGCUUUCCCUGCUGGCUGAUGAGGUUAUCGCAGUCAGCAGCGUCCCGGGCAUGGAUUCAGACUGGCUGAUGGGUGAGCGAGGCAACCAAAAGGGCAAAGUGCCAAUCACCUACCUGGAGCUACUUAACUGAGACUCAGACGCAGCCCCUUCAGGUGUGAUCUUUUGUCGUGCGGGGGCCCAUCACGGGCCAUUUCAAAAACUUACCAUACCUUUUUUGUAUUUUUUGAUGUGAUGUGUCAGAACAUUUCCCAGACUUUUCCAUACAUUUGUUUUUGUUUACAUUAUCUCAGAUGGUUGCCUUAAGGUUUUUCUGCUAGCAGAAAGUAUAUUGGCCUUCAUUUGUUUUGUUUUUUUAUGCACUUCACCUUGAAUUGCAGAGUGAUGCUGAUUAUUUUAAGUUGUACCUUAUUGGGUAACCUAAACAUGAAUAGGCUCUUACCAGUGUCAUCCAUACAUGCAACUUAAGUAGUUAAAAAAAACUGUUUUGGUGACUGAUGACCUGAGGUUAGUAGUUUAUUAUGGUAAAUAAAAAAAAUAUAUAUAUUUUUUGGAAAUGUUUUGCACCAACACCAACAGUAUUGAGAUGGUCAAUUCUUUCUCCCUCUUUUUGUAUUGAAUCCUGUUUUAUGUUUUAAAUUAUUGCUCAUUGGAAACUUCAAUUUUACAUCUUGGUAGGAAAUUGUCAACCAAAACGUUAUUCCUGAGUGUGUUGUUGGAAAAUGCUCAGUGAUUUUGAUCUCAUGAGUUUACCCUGCAUCAGAAUUGCAUCCCAAUGUAAAAUAAAUAAAAAUGCUGUCUUUACAAUGUGGGAGUAUAUCACGACACUUCCUGCUUUAUGAGAGAUUGGUGAAAUGGAGACAUUAAAACAAUGAAUCAAAACCACAGUAGAAGGUUUUAUUUAUACUAACACAUUCAGAUGUAUAAAAACACUACUAACACGUGUGAUGCAAGCCUAAGCAGCCAGCAGGUGGCAGAAGGGUACUGCACAACAAUAUGGCAUUCACUAUAAAGCUGUACCAACAUUGCUAAACUUGAACCCACACUGCGGCCUUACUUUGUGUGAAGAGUCCUUGUUUUUUUGUAUCGUGAACGUAAGCAAACAUUCAUGUGUGUCUUGCUGAAGCUUGUGCUUACAGGAGAAGCCUUGGAGAAGAUGUGAGGCUCCCUUCUUGUGUUUAAGCCUCCUAAUGUGCGACCCCUCUGGAGCUUCACACAUAUCAUGCCCACAGCUGUGAGUACAAACGCACACGCACACAGGCCCAGAAAAGCAUUCAAACCCUGACCCACUUUGAAAGACCUGUUUUAUUGGAGCCCAGAAAGCUCGGCGGCGGCUUCUAAUGAGAAGAUUGUGUCAUGAUGUGAAACGUGUUAGCUUCACAAUGCCUGUCCGGUCGUCACCGGUCAUGUUUAGCAGGAAGAAUGAAGAGGAAGUGGGGCAUUGUAAACUGCACGUUGGCUUCCAAUGAAGCUCAGUUCGUGUCAGCUUGAGUCUUAACUUUCCAGCACCUGAAUGGGGGCGGGAGUGCAUUUCACCUGCAGAGGUAAAUUCUUAAAACAGCCAGCCUCUUUAUACUUCUUUGACAUGUUGGAAAUAAUAAUGUGGACAAAGGUAUUGACCUACGCCUCUGAAAGGAGAAAAAGUUACUUUAAAAUCCUGGUAUACUAAUCAAAUAAUGGUAGAAAUUAGAAAAACUGGACCGUAAGAAAACAGCAGCUCUCUGCUCAAGUCUUAUUAGACAAAGUAUAAAUAACCAGAACAAUAUGUUCAAACCUGUUCCACAGUGGUCUGCAUACAAAAAAAUGUAAAGGAUUGAUAGAUAUUUUUAGGUAUUUUUUAAUUUAGUAAACAGGCUAAAAAGCUGUAUUGAAAGACAAAGCUUUGUUUUAUUACAUA